AUGGCUAGUAGAAAGCCGUUGGUUCCUAGAAACCGUGAGAUAGGGAGAGAAUCAGGGAAACCAGCAAAAAAGGAACGUUACCGUUUUGCACUUUUGAGCAAAGCGGCACUUGUGGAGCAAGUCAACAUGAUUCUAGGGCAAAUGGAUGCCUCUAUGCCACGGAUUAGCAUCACAGAAGAGGAUCUUACCAACCCUACGGCUUUCAAGAUCAACCAAGUGUACUAUGCCUGCUUUGUAGAGGUGUUUGGUGUUUCGCCUGAUCUAAGCACUCAGCCCAGUUUCAUGGUGGAUCAUCCAGAGUUAAUGGAAGAGUUUUCGGCAAAAAUUCAAUUUUUCCGGCUAAUGAAAAAGCUGAUGGAAAAUUGUGCAGUUCCAGAUUUCCGGUUGGAGGAUAUUGUUAAUCCAGCUCUAACAUCUUUCUGUACACCUACCUCUUGGAGUAGAGCUUACCUUAGAACAAUUCAACCUCCAGUCCUCCACUCACAGUUACCCACAAUUGCAAUUCUGAAUUUCAUCAAAUUUCACGUUCACAUGGCAAGAGAAGGUCAAGAACUGGAAGAGGUUAUGGGUCAACAAUUGAGUGAAUUAGCCACGGCAACACAUCGAAAUGCAGAGCUUAAGCAGAAGCUGGGAUCCAUGCAACGGCAGAAACAGGAGGAACGGGAGCACGAAGAAGAGCUGGAAAUGAUAAUAGCUGAGCAGGAAGAUCUUAUCCAACGAAGAAAGGAGCAAGAGGUUACACUUAGACAGCAUCUUCAAGAUGUAGAGGAACAACUGCAGAAAGAAACACAGAAGAAGCGACUGGUAAAAUUGCAACAAGAAGUAGAAGAAAUAAAGAGUGGAACCCAAGACUCUGACAGACUGAAGAGAAUGUGGGAAUCUCUUGCUACUCGAGCACAGCACAUACCAAAUCAUGUUUUGAAAGGGCUUGACGAGGACAUGGAGGCGCUCACGAUGAAAACAAAUAAAGCAAGUGAUCUUGAGAGCCACUUUACUGAAGCAAUAGAAGAGAAAAUUGCCAGACAAAAGCAGACACUUAAAGAAGUAUCUUCUAAAAACCAGAAUCUUGUCCGUCAUCUAAAGUUUGUUGCAAAAGAAGCCCAUGAAGUGGCCUAUGAUGACCAGAAGAUGUUGUCUUCACAGUCGUCAAAGUCGGAACUGGAGAGGGAUGUAUACCAGUUACAGACCCAAGUCCAUUCUCUUCAAGUCUCAGAAGAGUUAUUUGCCCGAAAGAUGGACACAGUCAAGGAAAAGCUGGAGAUGAUGAGAACACAACAUGAAGAAAGAUGCCAGGAGGCACAGACGGAGAUUGACUCCUUGGUGUUAGCUGUCCAAAGCUAUGUGGAAAAGUGCAAUAUGACUUCAGUAGCACUAACACCAUAGGUUUACUCGAUUGUUGUUAUUCCUUCCCUGUCAUUGACCGUCUGUAUGACCGGCUCUCUUUCCUGGCACCACAGGCUUUAAACAAGGUGGCAGUUUAUAACUAGCUCCUGGUUUGGUGCAUAAGUGGUAAAACCAACAAACAUGGGAUAAGGCUCAUGGUGCUUAGUUUUUUUUGCAGCGCGCCACAAUUAUCAAGUAAAUGUGCGCAUGCGCGAAGUGCCACUCCUUCCUCUCUCCGCGCGCUGUCGACCGCUUGUGCAUGCUGUGACCAGGAUGACUGAGGAACGGAAAGGGCAGCUGGCCGUGUGUGUGACGAGAGCAUGCAAAUCGUACGGUACUUUGGAAGUACUUCGGCACUUGGACAUGAGCGUCCCCAGUGGGAAUAUGUACGUUUGUCGGUUUGAACAACCUCUACUCCCGCGCAUCUCCAUAAGCCAUACCUAAUACUCUCACAGUUAUGGCCUUCUUGGCUCCAGUGGGUGCGGCAAGACCACACUUCUCCGGUGUGUCCUAGGCCGCCUUACUCUCGCCAGUGGACAGGUGUCUGUGCUGGGCAAGCCGCCUGGGGCCAAGGGCCAUAAAGUUCCAGGUCGAGAUGUGGGAUACAUGCCACAGGUAUCUGUAUACUAUUAUGCAGACUUAUGCAUGGUAGUGAUGGAAGCUGGAUACUGGUAACUAGAGUUUCAACACAUGCAACCUUACCUACAUCAAAGAGAACAGAGCGGAGUGACCUCAAAUACUACAUUUUAUCCCGACCUUUUAUGUCCAGGAACUAGCUCUCUAUGGGGAUCUGACAAUGCUAGAGACAAUGUACUACUUUGGAAUCCUACACCGAAUGAGUCGUAGUAAAGUAAGAGAGAGAGGCAACUUUCUGCUGACACUACUUGAGCUGCCGACACAGACAAAGCUCAUUAGGAAACUGAGUGGUGGACAGCAGAGGAGAGUGUCAUUCGCAGUAGCCAUGCUGCAGGAGCCUCCUCUACUCAUCCUGGAUGAGCCAACUGUUGGAGUGGACCCUCUUCUCAGAGCAAAGUUUUGGCACCAUAUGAUGGAUCUGGUGCAUACCAAGCAGACUACCAUCAUUAUUACCACGCAUUACAUUGAAGAGGCCAGGCAAGCCAAUGUGGUGGGGCUAAUGCGAGAUGGUCAACUGUUGGCCGAGUCAGAACCCAAUGCUCUCAUUAAUUCAUACGGAAUGGGAACACUGGAAGAUGUGUUCCUGCAGUUGUGUAGGAGACAAGACGCUGUCUCAUCCCCUGUCGAAUCAAUUAAUUCUCCAAUUGAUGAUCUCACCUCAGACGAGGAGACCCCUUUGCUAACGAGGGAAAGAGGCAGGAGAGGGAAAGGUAGUAGGGCCUCUGAAGAUGGCAGCCUCAGUGAAGUGAGUGUCCAGAGAACAGGCUGCUGUGGAAAUGUGUCUAGGGUCAUUGAGGCCUAUGCCACACAAGCUUGCAGGAGUAUCAGCUCAGCUUUCUCCUGCCAACUGGCCCACUGCUGUCCCCAGCCAGCCAACAUCCUGGCCCUCUGUUGGAAAAAUGCGGCCAAGAUCUAUCGCAACCCCUGGCUGGUCAUCUUCCAGUUCCUCAUGCCCACACUCCAGGUCUCGCUCCUCUGUCUCACCAUUGGGAGGAACCUGCACGGCGUCAGUCUCGCCUACUUCAAUAAUGACAGUGGCGGCUCUGUAGAUGGAUGUAAAGGCCACUCCUACCUCAAUGGCACUGGAGAAUGGUUUAUUGACAUCCUCGCCAAAGACAACACCUUCACUCUUCAUGGUCACAGCAGUGAAGAGAGUGCAGUGCAAGAGGUGAGGGAUGGAAGAGCCUGGGCUGCUGUGGUCAUUGGAGAGAACUUCACAGUCGACCUGUUCCAGAGGAUCAGCAACUACAAUGACAAGUCUGUCGCUGAAGGCUCCACCAUUUACAUCUAUGCGGAUGUUACCAAUAGUCAGAUACUUGCAGUCAUUGAAAACAACACAGCGUUUGCAUUUGAGCUCUAUGCCGAGAGGCUUGUCAACUUCUGUAACAGAAGCUCGGCUGCACUGUCGCCACCAGUGAAGGUCCACCAGCCUCCAGUGUAUGGAAGGACUGGACUCUCUUUCACUGACUACAUGGGACCAGGGGUUAUCGCCAGGUAUUAGCCUUUCUAUGCAUAUCCAUACAUUUGUUUUACCUUUAUGGCCCUGUAAUAAUUGGCGAGUGGGAGCAACGUCACUCUAUGGACCCGAUUUUUCUAUGUACAUAAAUGUCCAUAUCAACGGCGCUGUCACAUACCGUAAUGGUUUACGUGAUUUACGAAACGAAAUUGAAAUCUCAAAAUUGUGCCAUACUUUUAUCACGUACAGUCAUGCACUG